GGUGAUGGUAGUUUAGACUUCUUCUCAGAGGGAGGCCUUCCGCGACUAUUUCUUUCACUACCGGAGGAAAGCGAUUUUGCCAGUAAAACCAUAUAGUUCAGGUGUGUUAUCUUAUUUUGAACUAAUUGAUUAUAACAAACAAGUAACGUUCGACCAUCGGUCUCACGUAACCCUCGACUGUAGUCGAUCAGUCGUGCCUCUUUGCUACUGUCAAACAAUGAGAAUCUCGUAUGAAAUAUGUACUCAUGCCGACGGGAUUCUCCUUACAAUCCAUAUGUUUACUGAUAUAGGUCCAGGACACUGUUUUUUUCGAGCAUGGAUAGUUUAUAUGAAACAAGUUCGAUGCAUUUCGAAACGACAACAGCCUACAGCACGCUCUACAUCAAGAAUACAAGAUACUAUCAUGAAUGGAAUGAGACAAUCAGUUCACCUAGCAUCCUUUUUUUCCUCGCGGGAUAGCAUGAAAACACUUUAUAAGAACUAUACGGUCAAUAGAGUUCGGAGAGUAAUAGCUAGUCAUUGGUCGGCGUUCCUCCAGUCCGCCAUUCACGACUAGCCCUUGUUGCGUCUAUAGUUCUGUUGCUGUAGUCGAUUCUUCAGUUCCGAACACGAGAGCAACUCCUAACAUCCAUCUGGUAAUCUUUUCAGAAGAUAAUUUUUAUGACACUAAAAUGAUCUCAGUUUACAAAUUUCAUCGUUUCAGGAAUUCUCGCUACUCUGAACUUCCAUUCUCUCUCAUUUAUCCCUUCGACUUUUGGUCAAAACCCUUUACUAGUAAUGAUGUCAUUUCUAUUUGUUUUUCAAUCGACUUCAGUUAGAAUUGAACGAGCGAAUGACGCUCUUGCGUUCUACCAGUCAUGUCCAAGAAACGCUUAGGAUGUCUUGUGAACCAGUACAGACUUGAUGAAGAGAAAAUUUCUGUCCAGCAAUCCAGUUAUUUGAGGUUUUGAUUAUUCGUAUGAUUCGAUCAUUUCUCUGCGAACUGAUGUUUCUGACUCGAGAACUGUGACUCAUCCAGUCCUGGAAUAUGAACAUCGUGUCGUUUCUAUCUACAAUCCAUUCCCAGGCAAAGCUGAUGCUGCGUUGUAUCUAUCGUUUAUAUUUCUAGAGGCCGAAACUUUUAUCCCAAUUCGUAUAUCAUACAUUUCUGCCGUUUGUUGCCAAGAAUUGAGAUAUCAUAGUCCGAUGUUUAGUUGAGGACGGUCUACAGAUACGGAUUUUUUCACAAAAAGAAAGCAUGGUUACAUGCAUAAAGUUCCGAUCUUCAAUGGCGCUGAUGCAUCUCUGAAACACUUCAUUCUAUGGAUCGCAUCGAGAGAACGUCAUCAUGAUCUUUUCUCUAUAAUUUCUUGGUCCUUAGCAGUGCUGCCCAUCUACCCUACAUUUCCAUUGCUCGCACAUUAUUUUGGGACCGAUCAAUCGCCUAUAGUAUCCCACUGUUCAACCUCUUUUCAUGACACCUUACGCGCAAAAGCAUUGUACAUCUUUAAAAUAAACGGAUCAUAACGAAUCAUGCUCCGCUGAGAUCUACUGAAUACAAUGCCCUUCUAAAUCUACGCUCCUAAGCCUGUCAGUUGCGUGUAUGAGUUACGAAUUGCUUAUCAUUUUGUCCAAGACCAUAUAGCACAGCAACUCUAAGAACAAAUAGAAUACAUGUUGGCAUUUUCGUGAAUGCUAACGAAUCUGCAAGGUGCUUCAUACAUCAUUCGUACUGUCAGACGCAAAAUAGUUCUUUAUCUAAGUCUUCGAUUGAUUUGUUAUAGGAUAUCACCAUUCGAUGGCUAUUUCUCUCAAUUUUUCGCUCAGAAUAGCUUGAUUAACACAGAUAAAAUGAAAAUUGUUCCGAACAGUGAAUAUGAAAUCAGCAGAUAACCUACCCCUGGAAGACCCUCACAAUUGCGAAAAUGUUGGCUGGGAUGUGUGGGGUUGGUGUGGGUGUGUGGGUGUGGAUGUAUGGGUGUGGGUGUGGGUGUGUGGGUGUGAGGUGUGGGUGUCAGGGUGGGUGUGGGUGUGUGGGUGUGAGGGUAGGUGUGGGUGUGGGUGUGUGGGUGUGAGGUGUGGGUCAGAGAUGCACGGUCCACGGGGUUCACCCCGCGGGCCCCGCGGGGCCACGUGGCGACGGGCGGGCGGGGAAGCAAAUUUUAAUUAAAUACGGGGUUAACGGGGCGCGGGUAUUUGCCAGCCCACGGGCGGGCGGGGCGGGGAGCAAAUUUUUAAAAUGAUACGGGUCUCGGGCGGGGCGGGUAUGAAAUACACGGGUUCGGGCGGGUAAACAUUUUUUUUCGGGUGUGAUAAAGAACCGUCAAAGUUUAUGAAGAGAUGUUAUUACUACAGAUAUGCAUAGUACAAAGUACAUAUCAAUUGGUUUAUUGAUUUGAUUCUAUUAGGUGCAAGCUUGUCUGUUAUUUGUGUCUUUCUUUCUUUCUCCUCCGUCAUGCACAGUUUCCACUACUAAUUUAUACUAAGUGAAUAACUGGACUAAAACUUAUUUUAUAUUUAUUAAGAAACACUGCGCAGUAAAAACUUCUUUUUCUUAUCAAAAUUCAGAUUUCUUAACGAUGAAAUCAUUGUAGAAUGAAUAAACAUUCUUUAUUGUUUUAGUAGAACAUAACGCUGAACACGAUAGCUUCUUGAAACAGAAUUAAAGUGAUUGACUCGAAAGAGUACAAUUCAUUCGAAUAGGAACUCGCGAUUCCGAAGUAAUAGGCACAAAACUAUAUCAUUUAUUAUCUUUCAUUGUUGAAGUCACUCAAUAAUUAAUGAAGUUCUAUUGCAAAUUCAAAACUGAACUGAAGAAAAGAAGCCAGCAAAUCGAAACGUUAAAGAAACGAAGUAAUUCGCGAAACGAAAACUUUUCAAAAUACAGGGAAACUAUACAAGAUAAUUCACUAAUUUUCACCAAUUUUCUUCAGGUUAUUGUAUUUCUACAAAACAUCAGGAACUUUUUUAUUAUUAUAUGAUCAGAUAGAGCAUUGAUUACUUCAUCCAAUGGUAGUUUUUCUUUGAUCUGUCUUACGUGUCGGUCAAAAAAUGAGUAAGUUUCGUGAAGCAGGCAAAAAAUUUUUUGCCAAAUUUCAACAUGUUUUCUUCGAGUAAUUAUAACAUAUUGGACAAAUAAAUAUAUUUUGUUUUGAAAUAGUUUGAUAGAGUAUCUUUUAUCAUUUUAAUUUUCAAAUUGACUGCAAAUUUCAUGAGUGUUUAACAAAUGUUUCGGAUACGUUUUCAAUUAUUUGCCUUGGUCCAGUUAAUUUUAAUCCUUUAGCUAUAUCUAUCUUUUCCAUUAGUAUACAGUACAAUGGAGCAGCGAUUUCUCCAGUAAUUCAUGCAAGUUUAGCCUGACUUCGUUAUAAAAUUUUAUAGCUCAAUUUAAGAUUAUAUGAACAGCACCGGAAAUGAAGUAAUUCGAAUGUGUCUAAAGUUCCAAUAGUAAAAUUUUAUUUUCUUCUCAACUUCGAAACAUUUUUAUUUAAUACUUUGUGCAAGUUUAAGCAUGAAGGAUCUCAUCUAUGUAUGGUUAAUUUUGCGACAAUCGAAUUUAGCCUGAGUCAAGUAUAUAAGUUUGCGAAGGGAAAGGGUAUUGAUAUUUCAAAGUAUCUGUCCUACCAGCGUUGUUGAGGAUGAAAGUUUUUAAAAAAAUAUCCAACAGCCUCUUAGCUAGAAUGGUGAUGAGAUAUCUGUUUAUAAAAGGAAUGUAUGAUUAAAAAGUAUUUAGUAAAUAAAAAAUUUCUUCGGGUUACACGGGGGCGGGGCGGGGCCCGUCGCAAAAAUGACGAGUCGGGCGGGCCGGUCCAAGAAGCUGCCUGUGCGGGGUACGGGCGGAGCGGGUAUGGAUUUUUCGGGGCACAGGCGGGGCGGGGAUUUUCAUAAAACUUAUACACGGGGUUCGGGCGGGACGGGUUUGUGAAUUUCACGGGGCGGGCCCCGCGGGGCUUGAAAAAUCGAUGCCCCGUGCAUCUCUGGUGUGGGUGUGGGUGUGAGGGUGGGUGUGGGUGUAGGUGUGUGGGUGUGAGGGUGGGUGUGGGUGUGGGUGUGUGGGUGCGGGUGGGGUGUGUGUGGAUGUGGGUGUCAUUUCUCUCUUUACUCACACCCGCACCCGCACUCACACUCACACCCACACCCUAAAUAUGUUGUCAACAUCUGAACAGAUGAAUUAAAAUAAUUUGUUUUCAUUUCAUUUCAUUGAUGUAUAUUAAUUAAAUAAAAUAGAACGAAUAAAGUUAAAUAGAAUUUCCAUAAAUAUAAACAUAAACAUGUUUAUUUUUAAUAUAAUUUAUUUUCAUCGUAUUUAUUUAUCAUUUAACUUCAAUAGAAUAAAUCAUUUAGUGCUUAAUAUCGAGAAUUUUGACGAUAAAUAAUCCUAAAAGAUGGCAGAUGUCCCAAAAUUUUUGGAAGACGCCGAUCUAUUUUCAAUAAACAUCUCACAUCAUGAAUAAAUGAUAAAAUGCUUGAUUUGUUUUUUUUCAAAAGAUGAACUAUGAAAAGCUUUAGAAAAAAUGUCGGAAUAAAUGUCUACUAACAUAUUCUGAUGAAAUUUGUGCUGCUUGACACCGUAUUCUAGUAAAGAGGAAACCAUCAGAACAAAUCAAUAAGAGUUUAUUCUUAAAACUUUUAUAGAACUUUUCACAGCACAAAUUUUUCGAAAAGAAAAAUCAAGAUUUUAUUAUUUAUCUGUGCAGAAAUAUUAGCAAAGUGAAACUAUUUUAUAAAAAUUUAUGAAUACUUAAUAGAAGUAUUAUGCAGUUGUUCAUUAUUUAACCAUCUAGAAAAAUCAUUCAAAGUAACUCAAUAGGGUGUGGGUGUUAAUGUUAUCUCAAUUCAUACCGCUCCCACAUUCAUACCCAAAUCAAAUUGAUGGAAAGACAUAUUAAAAGCAGGAGCACCAAACACUUCACCAAUGUUUUCAUGACGUUUCAUCUUUCACUCUUACAAAAACAGACAAAAAUUUAUUUUAUUCCAUAUAAGCAUUGCUAUACUCGAGGAAAUAUUAUUUUCUAAAAAAAAAAUUUCCUCCUCAACCCAAAAGAACUCAAUUCAAAAUUUCGAGAAACUGACUUCGGAUUCAAAUUAUCCGCUUUCGAUUACCCUUUGGUCAAGUUUUAUGUAAAACAUUAAAAAUUAAUGGGUAGUUAAUAAUUAAUUAAGACUAACCUGAGAUUCACAUUCUCUGACUUCCAUUUGUCUUCGUCAACCUUUAGAUAAAAGAACUUUAAAUGGGUGUUUUUUUUGACUCUGACGCAAACACACACACAUAUACAACCCAUUUUUUUUUCAUAUGAUCCUCCCUACAGUCGAGGAAAAAAAUACUAUAUUAAUUACCUGACAUAAAUGAUAUAAUUUGUCUUUUCAAGUCUCAGUUUCAAUUUACUUACUAUGUCAAUUAUACGAACACGAUCUUUCUCCAUUAGUAAUUGUUGAAUGAUCUUAAGAUCAUCAAUCAGUAUAAGACACAAUAUUCAUCUCAUGAUCUACGAUAUCUAUCUGCUCAACUAUCGUCUAUUCAUCUUUUAUCUCAUAUAUAAACUAAUGUUUUGCAUCAAAAUGAACAGAAUUGGCGUUAUGGAGUAGUAUAAUGAACACUGUAUACUGAAAUUUAAAUAUUUUCGUUACACUUCUUUUUGGCACUAGUUUUUUUUAAAAUCAGUAUGUGUUCAUUAAAUAAUACUUCAAUUAGCACUAUAGAACAGGAAAAAGAGAGUUCCUGUCAUAUAAAUAUUUUUACUUGAUGAAUCACCAAACAUUCUUGAGUAAGCACUUUACUAUUCUCUUUUACCCUAUACAAUAUGAUAAGAACUCGAUAAUGUAAAGAUGAAUCAUUUUUUUAUAUUUUCAUCAAAUAAAUCAUGUCACUGGUGGAAAAACCAAUUUGGUUUCAUUUGGAUAUUUCCAACAGUUACCUUAAGAUAAAAGAACAAAACAUGAGACAUUAUUUUAUAUAAGAGUAGGAAAACGUUUUCUUUUGUAUUUUAAAUACAUUCGAAAAUAAUUAUAGUACAUUUUUUUUUAAUUUCUGAAUGAAAUUCAUUUGAAAUUAUUUUGACUCCUUUUUUUUUGAAGAUAUAUUUUUGAUCAACUUGAAACUUUCAUUUACGAUUAAAACAAUAGUCAAUUGAAUCUUCCAUCGCUUUAGAAAUAGAUCUUCAAUGAAUAAUUCUAACAAUGAUUCAUUUACAACAAAAAAAUUUCGCUUUGCUUCAGGUGAAUUAUUAAAACUGAAGAAUUAUCAAAUUCAAAAAAUUCCUUAUUUAACUGCAUUGGUUUCUGCUGGACCUAGUUUUGAUUCAAUAAAACUCCAUGAAGAAUAGUAUUUACUCGAUUCUCACAUUAACUACCGGGAUUUUUUGUUUGUUCUUGAUUCAAUUUCGUUUCAUUGAAUAAAACAAAUAUUUAUCAAUCUACCUGAAAAUUAUAAUAUUUUGGCUAUUAUUGCUCUUUGGGAUUUUCUGAUUAUCAGACCUGAACGUAGUCCAACACUUGAAGAAGUUAAUUCGACUUUUUUUUGGAAUUUCAAAUUUGGUGAAACAUUAGGCGUAUUUAAUUUUAUUUAUAAUCCAUCUGAUAUUCAAAAUAUGGCUGCUCGAUUUGCAAUUGCCACAGUUAAAGAAGAAUAUGAUUUUAUCAAUCGUGAAGUAAUGGAUCAAAUCUAUUGA